CUCGACCCUGGGAACCCCCGUCGCCGAGCAUUGGCCGACCGAGCUGCCACAUCUGCGCGCUCGACAAUGCCCUAUCUGUCUGCGCCCGCUCACGAGGAUCCCGGCUCGCCUUCACCAAUCUAUCCGACGUCGUGACCUCGCCUCUGCCGGCACUUCUUUGAACUAUUUUAUGAAGCCGCGUGUAGCCGUCGGCGGUGCGCAUCACGAACGCUUCUACCAUCCCAGCAUCCCUUAGUUUUUCCGAAACAGGCCAGAUGGAUUCAAUCAAAAACACCACCACCAAUGCCACGGCAAUCUCCGGUUACGCUGUCAUCUCUUAUCGCACUUUUUCCACGGCUCCCACCAGCGACACUGCCCACGGCAGGUCUGCUGGGCUUGAAGGUUUGAGCGCUGUCGAGGCUCGUUUGCGAGAGCUAAGACGCACUGUCUUCCUUGACAGACUCAAGCUUGUGCUCUGGUUAUUUGAGCCUGGCACUUCGCCUCCAGCCAUCGAUCAUGGCUCGUUGCAAAGCCAGGAACUGGGGGGACUCCAACUCCUUCCCCAAUCGGAAGGCGAGUUCAAAGCCGCAGAGCUAGCUAAGGCAGCUGCAAGACCUUCCGCCGCUGGGCUAUCUGGCCCAAACGCCGGAAACCUUCGAGCUAUCCAGGCGGCAAAUGCCCGUGCCUUUCAAAGCAAUGCUCAACAGAGCAAUGCACCGAGCGGAGGCCCCGAAAUCCGAAAAGAUGACCCCGUCACCGUUUACGAAUGCUUCAUGGCAGCAGUAAUCGCAUCCGUUUCCUUCCAUUUGUCUCGAUUUCAUCAUAUGAUACCCCUGAAUUAUCGUACUUUUGUUUCCUUUCCUAAAGCAACCGCCCUGGGCGAUGAUGAUGGCGACAGCGACGAUGAUAAUGCCAGCUUUGAUGAGGAAGCAUGCUGUCUGUUCACAACCAUCGAUGCACACUUGUCGACUUCAGGAACAUUGGUCAUUUCUACAUCAACGGAAAACAAUGUCAAGCUUUACCAACUGGAAAAGUCCAUCUACUUGACUGGAUCUUCGGAAGAUUUCCUGGGCGAGCUAGUGCGCGUCGCCCCCAACGGAGCCAUAGCCAGAUACAUUGGAGUUGAUGUUCCCAGCCUGCGGGAUGGUGAAAGCCCAUUGAAGCGACUGAAGUUAAAUCGGCUCUGGAAAGCCGAUGUAAUUCGCUGGCUGCGUCGCAAGGGUAUCUGUCUACAAAGAAUGGAAGAACCAGGCAAAUGGGUGCGCAUACAGCUACAGACCAGUAGCAGGAUGGAUGGCCCAGGUCCUACAAACGCUUCCUGUCAAGAAUGUCUUUGGCCUGCGGCACUAUGCUUUUUCUAUAGCUCCAACUUACAGGAUGAGGUGUCCAGGGCUUUGGAAAGCCCCUAUUUAUACCGCCAUGGCCUUGACCAACGGCCUGAAGACGGCACCGAAUGGUUCCGUACAUCGAGCCAACAGGGAUUCGAAGACCCCUUGGAUACUGCGCAAAACUGGUUACUUGGUAAAGAAGAUCGAGUAAAGACAGUGGAAACCAUAAAAGCUCGUCGAACACGAGAAGAAAACGCUCAAAUGACAGCAGACUCUACGACCACAUAUCCUUCUUCGCCGUUGUAUGCAAGGGGAUCAGGGUAUGGAGACCUCCAUACUGCGCAAGGUGUAUAUCCCACACCACCAGACGCAAUUCUUGCUCCGGGGGCUGGUGCGCCUGCUGGAAUGGACGGAGUCGUCAUGAGCGCCUCCGGCGCAGACGGACAAGGAGCACAAAACCAAAUCCACAAUGGAGCGGAGGCACUUAGCUUACCUGAUCAAGGAGCUGUGGUUUCUGGUGUAGAUUAUGGAAAUCAGCAAGCCCUCAUGCACCCGCAGGAAAGUUCAGCUGGUGGGCCGCUACCCGAAAACGAUGGCAACGAUGAUCUGUUUGAGGACAUGGACGAAGAGAUGUUUGGGGCAAACGACAUCACUGAAGCGGAUUUCAACUUCUUCGAUGAUGGUGAUGGCGCAGGCUUCGGUGGCCUUAUGGAUGUCUCACAGCCUCUUGCUUUCGAAGAACCCAAGAACGAGACUCCGGCGGAUUUCAAGUUCGAGUCACCCAUGGCCGAAGUUCACGAUGCAACCAUCGAACAAAAGCCGGAGGUAAUGCUCGACGUAAAACCAGAUUUGGAAGCCGAAUCUACCACACAGGCCAAAGAUAUGCAACCCACAAACACUGGAGCCGAUAUGGAUGCAAUCGAUGAUUUUAUCGAAGACCAGCAGCAUGCCGUGCAACCCAAAGACGAUGUUAUGGAAAUUGAAAAGGUCAAGACUCCGCGUAUCAGUCCACCACUCAGUCCUUCUCGGAUCAACGAAAAGUUGUUUCCGUCACCGCAUCCGAAAGUUAUGGAGACUGACUUUGAGGACCAAGACCUUCCAAGGCUUCAGAGAAGGGAGAGCAUGUUUGAUGCUGUGGGCUUCAGCAAGAGAAUGGAAUUAACGGAUUCUAAAUACAGGUCCACGGGCCGCUUCAAUUUUGCUUUCGAGAGCCAACCGUUGCAACUAACAGACAAAACCGGUAGACCAUUAACUCUCCAUCCUCCGACUACAAUCCCAUUCGCUCCCAGCCUGUCUCGCAGUGUAACAGUGCCUAAAAGCGUUGUAGAGGAGGCAGAUAUGAGCGAUGCACAAUCCGAGGCAAGCGACAGCUACACUGAUGCUUCUACCAGCUCAGCUUCAAUGGGCGAGAGCGCCUUAUCUGCAAUGAAUGCGCCAGACGUAGCCUCGGUGGCGAACAGCAAGAGGAAGUGGGCACCGUCGGUUGUUGCGACAUCAGCUGUCGGAACCCCUGGAGGAAUGCAGGUCAAUUCAGGCGAUGUUGACAGCAUUAUGGGCGAUGCCGAUGGUACGGAGACAGAAGUCCCUUCUUUGCUCUCCCUAGAACCCGGCCCCUCUGACUGGACACUCGCCUGCGCUCCACCACCGUCAAUUAAAACAAAACGACGACCUGGCACUGCAGAUUCAAGGAAUCGCUCUGAAUCUUUUCCACUGACUUCAGCCGCGUCAACGCCUUCUUCGGUCGGAAGCUCAGAGGCGGUGUUAGAACCUCUUCCUCCGCCAUUGAACACCAAAGAAAUAAUCACUAUAACUCAACUUCUAGCCGAUCAAGUCAUCUCCACCACCCUCGAUUUAUUACCCGAAGACAACGACGCUGAGUUUGUAGAUUUGACCCAACCCUCUGGCGAGGUACGCGACCAGAUGCAAGCGGUCCAAAGCGCUAUCAAAGAGCUUUUCCCGCAGGGCAGUGAAUGUAAUCUGCUAGGGUACGCUCAAAUCCAAGAUGUCAUGCCUGAACCGACCACUUCCUCUAAAGCUCAACCGAAGCCUGUUCCUAGGCGCAACAAUCCGGCAGCCGAUCCUCAUGCUCAGAUGUUCUUCCCAAUGGCAACUCCUCAUGUCCGUCUUCGCCGUGGUGAAGAUAUGUGGGAUGUUUUGCCCCCUGCUCUUUCGUUCUGGGAACCGUUGGGCCUCGCACCCACUGGGGGACCAAAGAAUGUGUUGGCAUACUGCAUAACGCCGUGGAGCGAUCAACUGAAUGGCCCUUUGGAAAGCUUUCUCGAUAACGUGGGUAUGUCAUACGAGAGCUGCAAGUUUGGAAUGCACACUCGUCCGCCAGCAGACGAUGAUUUCCCGAGCGGUGUUGUGCACGCAGAAAUCGACAACGUAGUAUCGCCAACCUUCCAAACGUGCCUGCGGGCUAUGCGAGACGCUUGCGCCCGACUCGGCAGAUGUCUUUCGGGACUCAAUCUUAAGGAGUGGUAUGCCAAGCCUGAUGAAGCACCGCCAUCCUGGAAUAUAGACGCUCUGGUGGUCUACAUUAUCAAUCCUUUCACCGAUCCGCAUUCCAUUUGGCAACUAUGCUCAGCAUUCUGGACGCUUUUCCAUAUUUAUGCUUCGACCUCCUCAGCAAAGGCUACGGACGAGUCCAAGCCAGAUGUUGUACUCCAGCUUGUACCUAUCAAAUAUGUCGCCUCUUUCGACUCGCCUGUCGUCCUUGAACCUGCUGUCUUAAACAGGCUUGCGAGAGAAGUCUAUGACAGGUGCCCUCCAAAGGCACCAAACGACGACCACUCUGCAUUGAGCAUCUACUCAGCGCCUUCCAUUCAACUUGAGGAAAUGUUGCCGAAACAAAUCCCCUUUAGGAUAACUGUCGAGCCACCAUCUGACCUUUUGCAUGAGAACUCCUACAUCCAUGUUGGUUAUGCUGUGAGCUUCGAUGGAGCAUGGCUUACGGCUGCUUGGACUGAUAAUCCGGGAAAGCACCAAGCGACAGUAUCUUAUUACCUAGUGAACAGGUCUUUUGCCGAAGUGGCCCGCGAGAUUUACCAGACAUCACUGGAGAUUAUGCAGAGCAGACGCGUUACUUGGCGACUGUGCAUAGCAAGGGCUGGCGUUAUGGAACGCGAAGAAAUGGACGCCUGGACUGCCCUCGCCAACAGCCCGUGCCACCUAACCAUUGGCACCGCCCUCGUCUCCAUUGAUCCUAAUCCGUCUUUCAAAAUAACCUCUACCCUUCCUUCGCCAACAGCCCCCACGACCACUCAGCCAAAUUCAGCUGUUCCACCUAACAAUCUCGGUGUUUCAACACCGGGAACAACUCCUCAAGCUGGAGUGUCGCCUUCUGGUGAUACACAACACGGCUUCACACCCGCCGCAGCAACGCCCGGUGAAAGCAAUCCGCCCGCCGCUAUUACCGACCCCAGCCAAGACCCAGAUGCCCGCCUCGUCGACGUCACGGACGAGAGUUGGGGCGUCAUCCUCAGUCACCGCUUACACAACUCUAACAGCAGUGUCGAAUUCCGACCCGCUCUCGCGAGCGGAUACCUAGUCAAGCGUGGCGCUGCCGACAGCACCAUCACUACCAGCAGUAACAGCGGUCAACAUGGCGCCGGUAACUCCAGCGGGGGUGGAACUUUGGGGAGCGGUCGCGCACCAACUAUCAACACCAACGACACCUGCGCCCCUGACACACCUCGCGGCCCGAUUGCUGUCGGCGUCAACCUCCUUUGGAUCGGUGCCACCGGCGGUGCCAAUGCCCGUGCCGCCGCUAACAUAAACCUGAACAUGAACCCGGACAGUGCGACGGCUAGCAACACGCCUGGGGGCGUGCCGUCGGGCUCAAUGGGAAUGGGCAUGGGUAUGGGUAUGAUGGGCAGCGGCAGCGGCACGCCCGGUGUUGGUGGUGCGGCGGGCAUGGGUGUGGGAGCGGGGCCGCCGCCGGGGGCGGGAGCGCCGCUGACUCCACACCCGCAAGCAGCAAGGUCGACGUACGAUGGCGUGUUGCGUGAGUUCUUAGUCACGUAUCGUGGGUUGGGGUUGUUGGCGAGGUUGAAGGGUAUGAGGGGGACGAGGGGCGGUGCUGUACCGUGGCAUGUGUGUGCGGCGGUGAGGGGUGUGAAGGGAUUGGAAAGGUGUUUGUAAAGCCUUGGUGAGGUGGGUUGGGUAGGGGUUUGGUUGUAGAUGGACAGAGAUUGGUAUAGGCACGCGAAGGGAUGAGAGGAAGAGGGUAUAGGGUGCUGUUGGGUAGUGUGAGGUAGUGUACUCUUUUGUUUAAACCAAAUCGCUUUGUUGUCGACAUCGACCUCGUUACUAAUAAAACCAUUCACCG